AUGGAAUCCACGCUGGCAACAUCCAGUUCCGCAGCCUGCCCGGUCACCUUCUCCCACGUCUUUGGUCAGCAGUGCCAACUUAUGGAAGCAGCAGUCCAGUCACUGCACACCCUAAAUGACCAGAUAUCCCAUUUUAUUGUCACCAAGUCAAAGGCGCUGGAGGAGGACCAAGACCCUUUUCUUCCCACUGAGAAGGAGACGCUCAAGAGUUCCAUGAUAUUGAUGAGGCACCUCUUAAUGGAUGCUCAGGCCAAAAUCCUGAGCAUGAUGGAAGACAAUAAGCAGCUCGCGCUCCGCAUCGAUGGGGCGGUCCAGUCGGCCAGCCAGGAGGUGACCAACCUGCGAGCCGAACUCACAGCCACCAACCGGAGACUGGCGGAACUGAGCGGCGGCGGCGGCCCCGGCCCGGGCCCGGGAGCGGCGGCCAGCGCCUCGGCGGCGGCGGACUCGGCGGCGGCGAACAUGGAGAACCACCAGCACAGCGCGCAAGCGCUCCUGCGGGAGGAAGUGUCCCGGCUCCAGGAGGAAGUCCACCUUCUCCGGCAGAUGAAGGAGAUGUUGAUGAAGGACCUGGAGGAGUCGCAGGGUGGCAAGUCCUCUGAGGUCCUCUCGGCCACCGAGCUCAGGGUCCAGCUGGCCCAGAAGGAGCAAGAGCUAGCCAGAGCCAAAGAAGCCUUGCAGGCCAUGAAAGCCGACCGGAAGCGCCUAAAGGGUGAGAAGACGGACCUGGUGAACCAGAUGCAGCAGCUGUAUGCCACGCUGGAGAGCCGCGAGGAGCAGCUUCGCGACUUCAUCCGCAACUACGAGCAGCACCGCAAGGAAAGCGAGGAUGCCGUGAAAGCUCUGGCUAAGGAGAAGGACCUGCUGGAGCGCGAGAAGUGGGAGCUACGGCGCCAAGCCAAGGAGGCCACGGACCACGCCACAGCACUGCGCUCCCAGCUGGACCUCAAGGACAACCGGAUGAAGGAGCUGGAGGCGGAGCUGGCCAUGGCCAAGCAGUCCUUAGCCACACUGACCAAGGACGUCCCCAAGCGGCAUUCACUCGCCAUGCCCGGCGAGACGGUGCUUAACGGCAACCAGGAGUGGGUGGUGCAGGCAGACCUGCCGCUGACCGCAGCCAUCCGACAGAGCCAGCAGACUCUCUACCAUUCACAUCCCCCCCACCCUGCGGACCGGCAAGCGGUCAGGGUGAGCCCCUGCCACUCCCGGCAGCCCUCUGUCAUCUCCGACGCAUCUGCCGCCGAAGGCGACCGGUCGUCCACGCCAAGCGACAUCAACUCCCCCCGACACCGGACACACUCCCUCUGCAACGGCGACAGUCCCGGCCCAGUUCAGAAGAACCUGCACAACCCCAUUGUACAGUCACUAGAGGAUCUUGAAGACCAAAAACGGAAAAAGAAGAAAGAGAAGAUGGGAUUCGGCUCCAUCUCGCGUGUCUUCGCCAGAGGGAAGCAGCGGAAGUCCCUCGACCCCGGCCUCUUUGAUGACUCCGACAGCCAGUGCAGCCCCACGCGGCAGAGCCUGAGCCUGUCGGAGGGCGAGGAGCAAAUGGACCGGCUGCAGCAGGUGGAGCUGGUCAGGACCACGCCCAUGUCCCACUGGAAGGCGGGAACUGUCCAGGCCUGGCUGGAGGUAGUCAUGGCCAUGCCCAUGUACGUCAAGGCCUGCGCAGAGAACGUCAAGAGUGGGAAGGUGCUGCUGAGCCUGAGCGACGAAGACCUGGAGCUGGGCCUGGGUGUGUGUAGCUCGCUACACCGGCGCAAGCUGCGGCUGGCCAUCGAGGACUACCGCGACGCCGAGGCGGGCAGGAGCCUGUCCAAAGCCGCUGACCUGGACCAUCACUGGGUGGCCAAGGCCUGGCUCAACGACAUCGGCCUGUCCCAGUACUCCCAGGCCUUCCAAAACCACCUGGUUGACGGGCGGAUGCUGAACUCCCUGAUGAAGCGGGACCUGGAGAAGCACCUGAAUGUGUCCAAGAAGUUCCACCAGGUCAGCAUCCUGCUGGGGAUCGAGCUGCUGUACCAAGUGAACUUCAGCAGGGAGGCUCUCCAGGAGCGCCGGGCCCGCUGCGAGACACAGAACAUAGACCCCGUGGUCUGGACCAACCAGCGGGUGCUCAAAUGGGUGCGAGACAUUGACUUGAAGGAGUACGCAGACAACCUGACCAACAGUGGCGUCCACGGCGCCGUGCUGGUGCUGGAACCCACGUUCAACGCUGAGGCCAUGGCCACCGCCCUGGGCAUCCCCAGCGGGAAGCACAUCCUCCGGAGGCACCUGGCGGAGGAGAUGAGCGCCAUCUUCCACCCGGCCAACUGCACAGGCAUCCGGGAAGCUGAGCGAUUUGGAACGCCCCCUGGGAGGGCCUCCAGCAUCACCCGGGCAGGGAAGGAGGAGAACAGCGGUGGUAUCAAGUACAAGGCUGGCCGGCUGCCCCUGGGAAAGAUAGGAAGGGGCUUCAGCAACAAAGACCCCGAUUUCCAUGAUGACUAUGGCUCUCUUCAAAAUGAAGAUUGCGGAGACGAGGACUCCCAGGGCAGGCUGGAGCAGUGCCGUCUGGAGGGCUAUAAUGGCUUGGAGGUCACCAACGUGUAA